AGGGGGCGGUUACUGUAGUAGUGUCCCGUGGUGAGUUUCUUGAGACCAGUGCUUUGUCAACAAGUUUCCUCCUCCCUCUCUGAAAGCCUGUUUCUCUUUAGAGAAACACUGUCACAGUUGAAGGAAACUUGAGCAAACUGUGCGGAAUAAUGGCUGGACGUGUGAGCAGAAGUUUGCUGAAUUGUUUGACCAGAGAAAACCCUUUAAGAAGCAAGAAAUGUCUGCGUAAAAGUGUUUUAUUCAUCUCACAGUGCAAUGCAAGAUCCUUGUGCAGCAGCAGCAGCGCGGCGCCUCUACCGGACCUGAGCUCGCAUCUCGUUGGAAAGACCUACUCAGAUUUAUACGAACUGUCAGUGACAGAUCCUGAAACUUUCUGGGGGUCCAUUGCCAAGGAAAGGCUGACAUGGACCAAACUUUUCGACCAAGUAAAGGACUGUGAUCUCUCUCGUGGGAAAAUCAACUGGUUUCUUGGAGGCCAACUGAACGUCUCUGUGAACUGCUUGGAUGUACAUGUGGCAAAGGAUCCAGACAGAGUGGCAUUGAUUUGGGAGAAAGAUGAGCCUGGCACAGAAGAAAGGAUCACCUACAGGGAACUUCUAGAGAUGACAUGUCGCCUUGCCAACACAUUAAAGAGUCAUGGGGUCCGGCGGGGAGAACGAGUGGCCAUCUAUAUGCCUGUGUCUCCUAUGGCAGUAGCGUCCAUGUUGGCGUGUGCCCGCAUCGGUGCAGUACACACUGUGGUGUUUGCAGGCUUCAGCUCAGAGGCUUUGGCCAGCAGAAUUCAGGAUGCUCAGUGCAAGUUUGUGAUCACAUGCAACCAAGGAGUGAGGGGCGGCCGUGUCUUCAAUCUGAAGUCCACAGUGGAUACAGCAGUGAAGAGCUGUCCGUCUGUCCAGCAUGUGUUUGUGGCCCAAAGGACCAACAAUAGUGUGCCAAUGGGCAAACUAGACAUUCCAUUAGAUGAGGCCAUGGCAGGAGAGCCUUCAGUGUGUGCUCCAGAGCCCAUGGGCAGUGAGGAGAUGUUGUUUAUGCUCUAUACCUCAGGCAGCACAGGUAAACCGAAGGGCAUUGUGCACACACAGGCUGGUUACCUGCUGUAUGCCUCCAUCACACAUCAGUAUGUAUUUGACUACGCACCAGGAGAUGUGUUUGGCUGUGUCGCUGACAUCGGUUGGAUCACGGGUCACAGUUACGUGGUUUACGGACCCCUGAGUAAUGGAGCCACUUCUGUUCUGUUUGAGAGCACACCUGUGUACCCUGAUCCUGGUCGUUACUGGGAGACAGUUCAGAGGUUAAGAAUAAACCAGUUUUAUGGCGCUCCUACUGCCAUCAGAUUACUCCUGAAAUAUGAUGAAAGCUGGGUGAAGAAAUACGACAGGUCAUCUCUGAAGACGCUUGGAUCUGUUGGAGAGCCCAUUAAUCACGAGGCAUGGGAAUGGUUCCAUAAUGUGGUUGGAGAUGGACGAUGCCCUCUGGUGGACACAUGGUGGCAGACGGAGACUGCGGGUGUGUGUAUCGCCCCACUCCCAGCUGAACCAGGAGCAGAAAUCCGUCCUGCCAUGGCAAUGAGACCCUUUUUUGGCAUCCAGCCGGCACUAAUGGGGGAGAAGGGACAGCUGAUAACAGGAAAUGAUGUCAAUGGAGCUCUGUGCAUCAGCCAGCCAUGGCCUGGUAUGGCCAGAACUAUAUUUGGAGACCACCAGAGAUUUGUGGAUGCAUAUUUUAAACCGUACCCAGGUCUUUAUUUUACGGGUGAUGGGGCUUAUCGCACCAAAGACGGUUACUACCAGAUCACAGGACGAAUGGAUGAUGUCAUCAAUAUCAGUGGGCAUCGGCUGGGUACCGCUGAGAUAGAGGAUGCUCUGGACGAACAUCCAGAUGUUCCUGAAACUGCAGUGAUUGGAAUUUCACAUGAGAUCAAAGGAGAAGUUCCAUUUGCGUUUGUGGUUUUAAAAAAAACUGCUAUUGAGAGCCAGCAGGCUGUUGUUGAAGAGUUAAGACAUCUAGUGACUAAUAAAAUUGCUAAAUAUGCCGUCCCUGAACAUUUCCUGGUUGUGAAACGUCUUCCUAAAACACGUUCUGGAAAAAUCAUGAGGAGAAUCUUGCGGAAGGUCGCCAUGGAGGACACGAGCAAUCUGGGGGACGUCUCCACACUGGACGAUCCCUCCGUUGUUUUAGAGAUCAUUCAGGCCCACAAACACUACAAAAGUUGUAGAUCUAAGAAGUAGAAAAAGGACUGUCGGGGCAUUCCCGUUUGAUCAGUGGUGGGCCGUGCAUUUAAAGUCUAGGCCUUCAGUGUGAUUCAUGCCAUUAAGAAAAUACAGUUUUACAAUGAAUAAGACACCCUAUGCCUUUGGGCAUCAUACAUUAUGUCGCAGCUAACUAAUAAUACCAAUUGACAUUUUAAAAACACGUCCACGCACGAAAGCCAGAACUUGAAACGACACUUAAUGCUCAAGCAAGCCUAAUUUUAACUGCAGCAUGACCGUUUUGUCUCCCGAACAGACAUUCAAAAAUCAUAAUUUUUCAUAUGAAUCUACCAAGGAGGUCUAUAAUACCUGGAAAAAUCUAUCUAAUAAUAUUUGCGAUUUAAAUGUUGCUUGCAAUAAAUUUCGUUUCGUCAGGGUACACGGUUAUGCUGCGUUCCAUUCAAGUUGGAUGUGGGAUAUUCCUACUUGAUAUCUCCGACCAUAAAUGCAUUCCAUUCCCGAUAUUCGGAACUCCAAUGCUCCCGUUAGCUUAGCGGGGGUUUGACUCUCAUUAGAGAUGUCUCCUAGCAACCUAACUGAUAAACAAUGCUGCAGCGCUAGCAUUUGUGCUACAGGUGUACAGUUAUCGAAAGAGAUUAUAAUUUACCAUAUUUUAUACACCUGUUUCUGCAGGCGUUUGUUAAACAAGUUUUAAUAUCAUGUAAUGUGGAAACGAACUCAUUUAUCGAUAUUACUUAAUAAAGUGAAUGUUUAUCACUUACUUUGUAUAUCUCCCUGAGUGUCCACAUGUUUAUGUGACACCAUGCCCCUGCAUCUCGGUGAAAUCGGAGUUGAGAAUUUCUGCAGGAGCCUACAAGUUGUAAUUCUGACUUAAAGAUGCAUUCCAUUGCACUUUUCCUAGUAGGAAGUUGUAAAAUCCGACUUUCCGAGUUGAAUGGAACGCAGCAUUACUUUUCAAAAUUUGAUCCGACACUGAAUGCUCAAACAGCCUAAUUUACACUUAAAAAACUCCUGAUGUUGCUAUAACAAUACAAAAAGCACUUACCAAUUUACUUGAAGUGAAAAUCAGUCCUCCUUUCCUUAUUAAUAAAUUAAGCAAUCACACGAUCAUGCAGAACAUCUCGUGUUUUUAAAUCCAUAAGGAUCUCUUUCUCAAUGGUGAUAGCGGCAGUGAUGACAGCCGACUCGUCAGCAAGAUCUCGCGCUCUUCGCUUUCAAAUUAUGUCACUUAAAGCGUGAUUGCGUCACUCAAGGCCAGAUAGAAGGCCUCGACCGAGACAUAUCCUAAAUAUCACACCCACCAAGAACAAAUAAAUCAAUCUGAUUGGCUGAUGAAUCUGACAGUCUGACUUUAGUUGCCCAUUUAUUUGCACUGUUGAGGGAUUCUGUGGAAAUUCUGAAUGCCUGAGGGGGUGGAGCUCAGACUCAAGUGCUGCUUCGGACAUGUGAUUUGUGAAACAGUUGUCACACUUUGCUUGUAAGCAUCAAGGAAUAACUUCUGUCUGGUUUUCUCUAUUUGCAUGUAGAUUAAUUAAGAGUGGAAAGCGAUUAAAAAUACAUAGGCAAAAAGGUGAUUGAGAAUGAAAGGAUGAAAAACAUUUAUUAUUUGGCAUGUUAGGCCAGCAGAGAAGGCUUUGCUGGCCCUGAGAAUUCGCCACUGCAUUUGAUCAUGUGAAGUAAAUAUCCAGUGAUGUGAAAAUCCUAGAGACUAGUUGUUUAGUUUGAGGGGCUAUGGAUAUGAAGCUGUGAUUACAGGGAAUUUAUGCAUGUUGUAAAUGUGAAAGGACUCCAAGUAGCAUAUGAAGUGUUCAAACCAUGAAACAUGCACAUGCUCCCCACCUGAACUGCAUGUUGGUCCUGACAUGUCAAAAUGUUUUUAUAUGUCAAAUAGGGUUUGUACAUCCUAGGCAAACACCUUUUUAAGCAUUAAUCAUGAAACAUUUUGUACAGUGUUAUUCCUGUAGUCAGGGAUGGGGUGGGAUUUGCUGUGGAACAUUAGCAUUUAUUUUUGACAGAUGAUUUUAUUUUUUAAGGUCCUAAAUUAGGUGUGGUCAGCUAAAUCUCACCCAUCUCUCGCUCUUUUUUUUUUCUUUCAAGUCUUAAGCAUUUGCUUCCUAAUGUUUAUGACAAAACAUAUCUGUCAUAAUUUGACUGAUUUUCAACAUCACCAAAUCAGUAGAAAUGUCUAUAUAAUUUGAUGUACAUGCUUCACACAUAUGAUUCACAUGAAGUGAAAUUAUUUGGUGCAAGUCUAAAUGUUUCCAUUUAAUCUUCAGUAUUUCAUUCCUAGAAAUGUGUCAAUCCACUAUAUAAAAAAUAAACAAAUAAAAAAACA